CGCGGGGUCGGGGAGGCGGGACGGAGCGGGCGCGCGACCCCGACGGUGCGGGAACGGGAGCAGAGCUGUCGUGGAUGCUCGCCUCGCUUGACCUUUGGAGACUUGGUUCCUUUUUAAUGGCCGCAGGAGCUGUUGGGUGAGCAACUGGAGACUGGAGAGACUUCUUUUUGGUAGGAGAGGGUUGCUUUUGCCAGGCAUCAUCUCCUGGAUUGGUGGGAAGAGUUUUUCCUUCCUGACCCCUACACGGUUGAAGGGAGAAGAUGCCACUACCGUUUGGACUAAAAUUGAAACGCACCCGGCGCUACACAGUGUCCAGCAAGAGCUGCCUGGUAGCUCGGAUCCAGCUGCUCAAUAAUGAGUUUGUGGAGUUCACUCUGUCUGUGGAGAGCACUGGCCAGGAGAGCCUGGAAGCUGUGGCCCAAAGACUGGAGUUAAGGGAGGUCACUUACUUCAGCCUCUGGUACUACAACAAGCAAAAUCAGCGCAGGUGGGUAGAUCUGGAGAAACCUUUGAAGAAGCAGCUGGAUAAACAUGCGCUGGAGCCCACUGUCUACUUUGGAGUGGUGUUUUAUGUGCCUUCCGUUUCACAGUUGCAGCAGGAAAUUACCAGAUAUCAGUAUUACCUGCAACUGAAGAAAGAUAUUUUGGAAGGAAACAUUCCUUGUACAUUAGAACAAGCAGUUCAGCUAGCAGGCUUAGCUGUUCAAGCUGAUUUUGGUGACUUUGAUCAGUAUGAAUCCCAAGACUUUCUUCAGAAAUUUGCCUUGUUUCCUGUGGGAUGGUUACAAGAUGAAAAGGUAUUGGAAGAAGCAACCCAAAAAGUGGCCUUACUACAUCAGAAAUACAGAGGGCUCGUGGCUCCUGACGCUGAAAUGCUGUACAUGCAGGAAGUAGAGAGGAUGGAUGGCUAUGGAGAAGAGAGCUACCCUGCCAAGGACAGCCAAGGAAGUGACAUAUCCAUUGGUGCAUGUCUUGAAGGUAUCUUUGUAAAACACAAGAAUGGAAGGCCUCCUGUGGUAUUUAGGUGGCAUGACAUUGCUAACAUGUCCCACAACAAGUCUUUUUUUGCCUUAGAGCUGACAAAUAAAGAGGAGACCAUCCAGUUUCAAACUGAAGACAUGGAAACAGCGAAAUAUGUGUGGAGACUCUGUGUUGCACGACACAAAUUUUACAGACUGAAUCAUUGUAGCCUGCAAACUCAGACUCUCACAUUGAACUCAAUCAGGAGGAGAUCAUCUUCUAGGAUGUCUCUGCCUAAGCCCCAGCCCUAUGUGAUGCCUCCCCCACCCCAACUGCAUUAUAAUGGACAUUACACAGAGCCAUUUGCUUCUUCCCAAGAUAACCUCUUUGUGCCUAACCAGAAUGGAUUCUAUUGUCACUCCCAGACAAGUUUGGAUAGAACUCAGAUUGACCUCAGUGGGCGCAUCCGCAACGGCAGUGUCUACAGUGCACACAGUACAAACUCCUUAACUAACCCCCAGCCCUACUUGCAGCCUUCUCCUAUGUCCUCCAACCCAAGUAUUACCGGAAGUGAUGUCAUGAGACCUGACUACAUCCCAUCCCAUCGGCACAGUGCCCUGAUCCCCCCAUCUUACCGUCCGACUCCAGACUAUGAGACUGUGAUGAAGCAGCUCAACAGGGGCAUGGUGCAUGCCGAACGGCACAGCCACUCGCUGCGGAAUCUCAACAUUGGCAAUUCGUAUGCAUACAGCAGGCCCGAUGCCCUGGUCUAUAGCCAGCCUGAAAUUAGGGAGCAUGCACAUCUUGCCUCUCCCCAGUCAGCCCAUUACCCAUUUAACUUGAACUACAGCUUCCACAGCCAGUCUCCAUACCCUUACCCUGCUGAGAGGCGGCCUGUGGUAGGUGCAGUCAGUGUGCCUGAGCUGACAAAUGUGCAGCUCCAGGCCCAGGACUACCCAGCUCCAAACAUCAUGAGAACCCAGGUGUACCGACCACCUCCACCGUAUCCAUAUCCAAGGCCUGCCAACAGUACUCCAGACCUGUCCCGCCACCUCUACAUCAGCAGCAGCAACCCAGAUCUCAUCACCAGGCGCGUCCACCACUCAGUGCAGACCUUCCAGGAGGACAGCCUGCCAGUGGCCCACUCUCUGCAGGAGGUCAGCGAGCCCCUCACAGUGGCCCGGCAUGCCCACCUGCAGAAGAGGAAUAGCAUUGAGAUUGCGGGGCUCACACACAGUUUUGAAGGCCUGAGGCUCAAGGAGAGGACCAUGUCAGCUUCAGCAGCAGAUGUGGCCCCACGAGCUCUCUCGGCAAGCUCCCAGUCCAGUGUCUUCUCUGACAGAACAAAGCAGGAGGAGACUGAAGAGCAGGAAAGUGGCAGAUACGGCCACAAGAAGUCUCUUUCUGAUGCCACCAUGCUGAUACACAGCAGUGAGGAGGAAGAGGACUUUGAAGAGGACAGCAGAGCACGGGCCCUCUCAGUUGGGACUGAGGCCUGCCUGACAACCACUUACUGCCAGGAGCCACAGCUGAACUACACCUGUGCUUCGGUCACUCCAGUUCCUGGCCCUCUGCAUAUUCUUGAGCCCAAGUCCCAUAUCCCAGAACCUGAUAAGAGGGCAAGGGACAUCAGCCCUGUCCACAUAGUAGAGCCCCAGCGGCCCCGAAGAGAUGGGCUGCUGACCCCCUCCAUGUCAGAGUCUGACCUCACAACCUCAGGGAGGUAUCGAGCUAGGAGGGAUUCUCUCAAGAAAAGGCCAGUGUCAGAUCUCCUCUCUGGGAAGAAGAACAUCGUGGAAGGACUUCCGCCACUGGGGGGAAUGAAAAAGACUCGAGUAGAUGCAAAAAAAAUUGGUCCACUUAAGCUGGCUGCCCUCAAUGGAUUGUCCCUGUCUCGGCUGCCCCUGCCUGAUGAAGGAAAGGAAGUCUCCACCAGAGCCACGAAUGAUGAAAGGUGUAAAAUCCUGGAACAGCGGUUAGAGCAAGGAAUGGUCUUCACAGAAUAUGAAAGAAUUCUUAAGAAACGGCUAGUUGAUGGGGAGUGCUCAACUGCUCGCCUCCCUGAAAAUGCAGAAAGAAAUCGGUUCCAAGAUGUGCUUCCCUAUGAUGAUGUAAGAGUAGAGUUGGUCCCAACCAAAGAGAACAAUACUGGAUACAUCAAUGCAUCACACAUUAAGGUCUCAGUCAGUGGAAUUGAAUGGGAUUAUAUUGCCACACAGGGACCAUUACAGAACACCUGCCAGGACUUUUGGCAGAUGGUGUGGGAGCAGGGAAUUGCGAUUAUAGCAAUGGUGACCGCAGAAGAGGAGGGUGGCAGGGAGAAGAGCUUCAGGUAUUGGCCAAGACUUGGUUCAAGGCACAAUACUGUCACCUAUGGAAGGUUUAAGAUCACAACACGCUUCCGCACGGACUCUGGCUGCUAUGCCACCACAGGCUUAAAGAUGAAGCACCUUCUCACUGGGCAGGAGAGGACAGUUUGGCACCUCCAGUACACAGACUGGCCUGAGCACGGCUGUCCAGAAGACCUAAAGGGUUUUCUAUCGUACCUUGAAGAGAUCCAGUCUGUUCGCCGUCAUACAAACAGUACAAGUGAACCCAGAAGCCCCAGCCCUCCACUGUUGGUGCACUGCAGUGCUGGCGUGGGAAGAACUGGUGUUGUCAUUUUAUCAGAGAUCAUGAUUGCUUGUCUGGAACACAAUGAGGUGCUGGACAUCCCUAGAGUGCUGGACAUUCUGAGGCAACAGAGAAUGAUGCUGGUGCAGACCCUUGGCCAGUACACAUUUGUGUACAGAGUUCUCAUUCAGUUUCUGAAAAGCUCCAGGCUCAUUUAAAGCUCCCACACUUUCUUAUGGGGACCCAAUCAUGUGAAGUGUUUACAGCUUGAAAAAUGCUUGUCAACUCGUCCUUGCUCCCCGACAGUUUAUUCCAUGUGGAGAUUCAUCAGACAGGAGGUGCAGUAUGAAGAGCCGUGCACUGAAGGAGUCACACUAAGCAUGAGGCUGAGGGCUGGGAAGGGCUGGAGGAGGACUCACCUGGUUUCAAGGGCGUUGCCCUGACCUGAUUUGCAGUACUUGCACACAUUUUGGAGAUUGUAUUCUAGACAAUUCUCUAUUUUACUGAAGCUGUGCUGGGCAAUUCUGGCAAUCAUUAAGGCGCAUUGAUUUCUAUCUUAAGCUAGUUUUUUUGAUAAUGUAAUUAUAUGACUAAAUAUUUAGGGAUUUUCUUAGCUAGAAACUGAACUUUUUGUGAGGAUGAUCCACAGACUGAGUGGUUCUUGUGUAACUUUGUAUUUAAAAACAUUAUCUUUUGUUACUUAAGGAACAACAACAACAAAAAAAUUUGGGUACUUAUGGUUUAUUUACCACACCCAAAACUACAAAGAGAAUCUGAAAGUGUUACUUUGAAACAGAAAGCAUUUUUAUAUUCAGAAAUUUUUUAUCCUGAAAAUUCUAUAUAUUUGUACCUUCUAUAUUUUCCAAAGGAGAGCUCAGCUUAAGAUACCGAGUCAGUUCAUGUAGAGUUGGGAAUGAAGGCACAUUAUUUAAAAUCUAAGAAUCAGAGAUUCACUGUUUUUCAGUAUUAUUCCUAAGCAUAAAUGAGUUUGAUCUUAUUAGUUGAAAAUGAAGAAAAAACAAUUGUAGAGGAUGGUUUUAAGCACUUUUUGUUAAAAAUGGGUUUACUCUGUUGCUUUCAUUGGACAUGGUAACAGUGGACACUGUUUCAAGGAGGACAGCUAAGAGUACGUGAGAUGAUGGAAGAUGAGCGUGCGUGCCUGUGGUGGUUGUGUGGAAUGCCUUGGUCUUUACAUAAUGCAGUAUUAUCUGAACUCACCUGAGAGCUGGGAUGGAGAAAGGGGGCUUCCCCCAGAGGGAAGACAGGGAAGUCAGUCUUUGUCACAGACUUACUUGUUUUUCCAAAGUUCUCCCAUCUGGACCUGUGUUUUUUUUCACAAAUAAAUUCAGGUUUAUAUUAUCAUUAAAGAAACCUUGGAGAGGCUUUAUUUUCUUUAGAUUGAAAGGAGGGAAAUAGUUAACAAGUUCACCUCUUUUCCCUAAACCAUAGCCGAACAUUGUGGGGCCACCAGAAAUUUAGCUAAGGUCUCCUUUCCCCUUCUGAGGCUUUUUCUUCACAAUGGAGACCUUCCAGAAAGUCAUGUCUAGCAGGGUGAGCUCCCCAAAUAGUGUUCCACCAUCAUUCUGAUUCCCACAAGACAAGACUUCUGUGUGCUGUGUGCCAGUCCGACUCUUGAGUUACUCAGAAACCAACCACUUUGGGGAAAGUUCAGAUGUGGGUGAGUGAAGAGUGAAAGUUUAUACACUUGUCACUCAGGAACAGGAUAGUAAUUCUAAAUGCAAAAUUGUUUUUAAACUUCUCUUUUAAAGUAUAGUAGACCCCUGUGAAAAUAUUCAGAAAGAGCUCCCCAGGAUGGGGUAGGAGAUUUGUAUGGCAAUAUUUCCCAUCUCAUGCCGUAUGAAGGACAGGACUUUCUGAAGCUUUUUUCUUUCAAUGGUACGAUGUUUAAAAAUGUUUUCCUAUCAGACUUAAACGUUUUGAAAUGUCCCGUUGAUAAGAACAUACUGUAAUAAAGAGUAAUAUAUGGUAUAUUUGUUUUCCUGUUGCAAUAAUUUGAAAAGUAAAUUUCUUAAGAGGGCAGAAUUAUAUUGUCACUUAAAAUGUUGCAUGUUUGACAUCACUUCUAAAAGCCAUGUACUUUUAAACUUUUAAUUACAGUUACUAAAUAUGAAAGAAUUUCUGAAUAAAAAUAACUAUAUUAUUGGA